AAUGAAUUGUUGUUUAACAAUUUUAUACCUUUUUAUUUGAAUUGUCAUUGUGUGCGUUCUCGCCGUCUCCCUGUGGGUUCCUGUGUCUCCAGUUUCCUCCCAAAAACAUGACAGUAGGUGGGUUGGUGACUCUAAAUUGCUGCUAAAUGUUAAUUUGUGUGAAUGAGUGUGUGUGCAUGUGUUUGUGCAUUUGUGUGUGUGUGUGUGUGUGUGUGUGUGCAUGAUGUCCCAUCCAGGGUGUACUCCCGCCUCACACCCAGAGUUCCUGGGAUUGGCUCUGGAUCCUCAACCCUGACCAGGAUGAAGUGACUGAGUGAGUGAGUGAGUGAGUGAGUAGAUUGGAUUGUAUGUAAAUUAGUAAUGUGUCAGUUUGGGAAUGAAUAGUUUCCUUUAAACAACUCCUUAAUAUGAGUUGGAUGAAUUGUUUGGAGUUUUAGCAAAAGAGGUCUAUUUUAUUUGAAUUCUUUCAGUUUUUGGUUUAAAUUCGGCCAUAUUUAAAUCCAGAUUGAAAACACUGCUCUUGUUGCAUGCCUUUGACACUUUCUACCUGCACUUUGUACUGUUUACAUCUAAUUUAUGACUUUUAUUUCCUCUUUUUUUUUUUUUUUUUUGCUUUUAGUUUUGUAAAGUACUAUAAAUUAUUUUUGCGUAUGAAAUGAAUUUUCAUGUAAAUAAACUUGUCUUGCCUGUCUGUUAUUAUGAGCUAAACUGGAAUGAAUUAUAAACGUAGCCUUAGCUAAGCUUCUGUAAGAUCACUGGUUGUGAAAUAAAAAAUUUUAUAUUUAUUCAUCUCUCUGUGAAGCGAAGCAAAUGAAUCGAGAAGCGAAUCUAUUCCGUUUAGAGGACUCGGUUCAUUACAGUGAGUGGCGGUACAGAGUGAAUCGACUCUGUGUAAAGGAAUUAUAAUUAAAGUGAGUCACUUAGAAAGUGAAUCGGUUCACUUUAAUUGACUCGUUUUAGUAGCAUGAAUCGCGGUGGAGAGUGAAUCGAUUCUGUAGAACGGAUUUGUUUCAUUACAGCGAGUCGCGGUCGAGCGGUGAAUCGAUUCUGUAUAAAGGAUUUGUUUCGUUACAGCGAGUCGCGGUCGAGCAGUGAAUCGACUUUGUAUAAAGGAUUCAUUUCGUUACAGUGAAUCGCGGUCGAGCAGUGAAUCGAUUCCGUUUAAAACUCCCAAUUCGGUAAAGUGAUUCGCGAGUAUUCCCGUGCCUCUCCGAUCCGCUGGGGGGCGAUAAUGAGCAAACACCCGCUUACACACUCCUCAACCGAAGAAAACAAAAAAGAUAGUAACAUGUGGAAAUGUUCCAUGUGGGGCUUUAAUGCAUGAGCUAACUGAAUAUUUUUGAUGAAUUAAAUCACUGUACUUUGUCAUAGUGGAAAAUCAAUAGGAUAGUUCAAUAUUUAUUAAUCAUGUCUUUCUUUAUAAAGAAGAAAUCCGCCUCAAUGGCUGCCGGGAAAGGCGAAAAGUCUGCUGCUGGCAAGCGGAAGGCUGAUAAUCAGGGUGGAAAAGGGCGUCCACAAAAGCUCAAUAAACGCCAGAGUGAGGAAAUCUCCAGCGAAUCAGAAAAUGAAAACGAUGACGCGCAGGUUCGAAAGCAGAAGGAGGUGGAGGGGGACGAGGAGAUCGAGGAGACGCCGCAGGAGAAGAAGCUGCGUCUGGCUAAGCUUUACCUGGAGCAGCUGAGAGAAGAAGAGGAGAAGAAGGCGGAAGACGAGGAGUUUGAAUCAGACCUGAUAGCCGGACGCCUGCAGGAGGACGUGCUGGAGCAGAAAGGCAAACUGCAGAGACUCAUCGCUGAAGAGCUCAUAGCGCCGGAUCCUGCCGAAAUCCGCUUGCUGAGAGGACACAAGCUCUCCGUCACGUGUCUGGUCAUCACCCCGGACGAGAAACACAUCUUCUCCGCGUCUAAAGACUGUUCCAUCAUCAAGUGGGAGGUGGAGAGCGGGAGGAAGGUGCAGAAGAUCGCAGGAGGGAGGAAGGGGACGGAGGAACGGCACGUGGGUCACACGGGACACGUCCUCUGCAUGGCUAUUUCCUCUGAUGGCAAAUACCUGGCCACAGGAGACACGAACAAGCUGAUCAUGAUCUGGGAAGCUGCUACGUGUAAGCACCUGUACAGGUUCACGGGACACAGAGACGCCGUAUCGGGGUUGGCGUUCAGGAGAGGAACACAUGACCUGUACAGCGCCUCUCACGAUCGCUCAGUCAAAGUGUGGAACGUGGAUGAGAACGCUUAUGUAGAAACUCUAUUUGGGCAUCAGGACGCGAUCACGGGCUUGGACUGCCUCGGACGGGAGAGGUGUGUGACCGCAGGGGGCCGCGAUCGAACGCUCCGAGUGUGGAAGAUCGCCGAGGAGACGCAGCUGGUCUUCAACGGGCACGAGAGCUCCAUCGACUGCAUCCAGCUCAUAAACGAAGAGCACAUGGUUUCAGGCGGCGAUGACGGCUGCGUGUCCGUCUGGUCCGUGAACAGAAAGAAGCCGCUGACUACUGUGAAGCGGGCACACGGUCUCCAUGGCGACGCCGGGCUGGAAGGGCCGUAUUGGGUGUCCUCCGUUGCAGCGUUGCACAACUCCGACACCGUAGCCUCAGGUGCCUCAGGCUCCCAUAAUGGCUCUGUGCAGCUGUGGAAGUGCGGGCCGGGAUUCCGAGGCCUGGAGCCGCUCUUCAGCAUCCCACUGAAUGGUUUUGUGAAUAGUUUGAAAUUCUCCAACACGGGCAAGUUCCUGGUGGCCGGCGUUGGACAGGAGCACAGACUUGGCCGAUGGUGGAGGAUGAAGGAGGCUAAGAACGGACUUUACAUCAUUCCUCUCAGAAGACAGAACAAAGAGACUAUGACGACUGAGCAAUAACACAAUAAUACACACUCUGAGGACUGGAGUUUUGUCUAGUUUUAUUAUGGAUAUUUUUUGUUGCCAUCUGUAUUAGUAUUCCGUUAUGUUCAAUAUGUAAUAUUGUGCAGAAAUCUAAAAAUAAAUUUACAUUUAAGUUCCCA